CAUCCAUCGUCCUCCCUUGCUCUAGCAUCACCCAACAUGAGCUCCCCGGAACCCCAAGAUGCUGCCCAGCCCGCCACCGGCUCCCCCUCUGAAUUUCUCCAAAACAUUGUCGGCAAGCGGGUCAAGGUCAGAAUAGGAAGCGGAGUUGACUACACUGGUCUUUUGACGUGUCUGGAUGGAUACAUGAAUGUGGCUCUGGAGAACACGGAAGAAUGGGCGGGGGGUGUCAAGACGGCAGACUAUGGGGACUGCUUUUUGAGAGGCAACAACGUCCUUUAUAUCUCUGCUUUGGAGGAGAUAUGAUGAUGAGGAUCAUGUAUUAUUAUGGGCCCAUUGACUAAUUGACAUCAAGAC